CGAACGAGCAAGAAGGGAGGUAGAGAAGAUGGAUCUUGGCAUUAAGACAAAAAAUGGUGUUAUGCAGAGGGCUUCGUCUUUAUUCCAGCACUCUAGACCACAUCACUCCUUUAAUUUUUCAAAGACAAAAUCUCAGUUCACGGAAUGCAUUUGUGUGUGUGAAGACUGUGGUAAGAACAUCAGAGGACUGGCAGAGUAUGCCAAACAUAGGAGACGAGUGCAUGGGGUCCAUAAACCUUACACAUGUUCAUUUUGUCCAAUGACCUUUGCGCUUUAUUCCAGCUUGCAGGUCCAUAAUCAGACACAUGUAGCUCAACAGGCACAGAUAGAGAAACAGAAUCGGGCCAACAGAAAGGAAAAACUGAGAGCAGGCACUCAAAACCAGAGUUUUGGCUCCACUGAAAAUGUAGCCCCCUGCCCAACUUUAAGCAAUACAAUUAAAGAGAAGAAGUAUGCUUGUUCUUCCUGUGGGAAAGCAUUCUACAAAGCCUAUCACCUCCAGAGACACAAAGAAGUUCACUUAGUCAUGAAGCCUUUCACUUGUCUGGACUGUGGGAGAUGCUUUAGAAGAGCAAGUCAUAUGCAGAUCCACCAGCAUCAGCAUAUAAGACAGAACCUGUACUGCUGUACCUCCUGUGGUAAGGCUUUUUCUAAGAAAGAUGGGCUGCUCUUUCACCAGCAGUCUUCUUGUAAUCCUGCUGUGGAAAAAGAAGUGCCACAGUCUGAAUUUGCUCACAAGUGUUCUUGCUGCUCGGAAAGCUUCAUGUCUGUUUCUCAGUUAAAGGUUCACCAACGCCGAUGCCACACCCUGGAGGAAAUAGAAGGUGCAGAAGUAAUGGCACGUGAGAGAAAAUUUGCUUGUUUGCAGUGUGAAAAGGCCUUUAGUUAUGCUUCAGGCCUUUCUCACCACAAGAGGAUUCACCACAGCACUGUGAAGAGGAAUGGUGUUCAGGUGCUACAGCGUUACGGUUGGUUUUACUGCACAUUAUGUGAUAAGUCUUUUCGGCAUGCCUCAGGCCUCGCUCACCAUAAGCGAUUCAAACACCGCAAUCAGGUUGAGACAAAUAACCCCAAGCCCCUGCAGAGGAAACAAUUCUCUUGUCAGAUUUGCCACAGUAUCUUUUGGCAUGCAGAAGACCUCUUGGAUCACAAGAAGCUGCACCACAGUCAAACCACACCCAAAGAUGAUGCUUCUUUAGAAAAUGGAAGCAGGUACCCUUGUCCAUUUUGUGAUCGUGUAUUUCGUCAUUCUUCCACACUUUCCCACCACAAGCAACUCCAUGCAGAAAUGAAAGGCCCGUUCCGGUGCAGUGUUUGUACCAACUGCAUUGGCCAUUCUGGCUUACUGCGGCUUAGGUUGCAAAUGCGCAAGGCCAAUGGUAACCUCACCUACCACUGCUUGGUGUGCAGCCGGACUUUCUGUAUCAUAAAAAAAUUCAUUAAGCACUGUGAGAGGCAUCUUCAGCAGAACAGAAAUGAUGAGAAACCAGACAUCCAAUGUCCACUGGAUUAAACUAAGAUCAUUUCACAAAGCGUUAUGAAGUGACAGGUUUUGGAUUAUGGGCAUAAAGCAGAUAAACAGCAGACUGCUUUUUGUUUGCAGUGAGCUUUAUUAAAUGGAAUAGUAGUACUCUAGGAUGAGGUGAAAUGGGAGGACUCCUCCAAUAUCUGUCCCCGAGAGCCAUGUUGUGUGUGGGUCUUCAUUGCAGGCAGUCUAAGUUGAUGCUGAUUUUAAGUUUAUAAUUUAAUGCUUUGGUAUAAGCGUCACUAUUUUUCUGCUUCAACAGACAUUUUGAAUUCUGAAAGACAAAACAUUGAAUAUUUUUGCAUGUCUAGAUGGUUUAGGGAAUGUGAAUUGAGCUGUUAUGAGUUCACAGCCUAAAGAUUUAAGGAAAAUGUGUUAUUUUUGCAUUGCAGAAAAAGGGAUAAUACUGUUAAUUACACUGUGUCCUGUUCUUUCUGAUAUUUUCAAAGUCUUUCAGGAAACAAACAUGAACAAGAUCAUUCAAAACAGCCGUUCACCACUGCCCUAAGUUCCAGUACCCUUCUUGCUGACUUUAACAUUUUGGUUCCUUUUGAUUCCAAAUUUAGUUUUAAAAAAGAAAAUGUGAUUGAGCAGAUGUUUUGCUUGGAUUGACUUCACAGUGAGAGAGAGGUUGUUAUAUAACCCUGUUACCCUUUGGGUUAGAGGGUCCCAAAGUCAGUCCAGGGGACCCCAUUUGGCUGCAGUUUCUGGUCCAACCAGCUUCACAAUUGCUGAUUUUAAUAAUAAUUCUAAUAAUAUUUUCAUCUCAUUUAAUUAGAUGGUCUGUUUUCUUCUUCUGCAUUU